GGGUCGGGCGGCGCCUUUCCCUGUGUGCUCACUUCCGGAGGAGAGAGCGAGCGAGCGCGGGAGACGCUGGAUGAAGAAAGCGGCGGAGGAGGCGGUAACCUCUGAAUGAACCUUGGGAAGAACACUUUGGCCUUUGCCUUAGCUGUGAAAUGAACGUACACAGCACUGGCAAGAACAAGAAAUAAGUUGGAGAAAUUAUAUUCCAAGUUACAUAUCUGUUUAUUCAAGGAGGAAAGGGAGGAUUGUGCUGUGAAAAGAGAGGCUUGGUAAAGAGAAAAGAAGGCUACAACAAUACAGACUGAGAAGAGGAAAUCACGUCUUGCUUAGUAGUACAUAUCUGUGAACUUCCGGCAUAAUAUUUGAAUCAUAAAUGUAAAAGAAUGGAAAAUCCACAUUCCUUGUCAAAAUCACACACAGGGGAGAAGCAACAUAAUUGUAUGGACUGUGAGAAACGUUUCACUGGGAGACGUUCUCUUACUAAACAUCAACAAACUCACACAGGAGAGAAGCCAUAUAAAUGUGUGGAAUGUGGAAAGAGGUUCAAUCAGAGUGCACGUCUGUAUACCCACCAAAGGAUCCAUACAGGGGAGAAGCCACAUAAAUGCAUGGAAUGUGGAAAGAGCUUCAGUCAAAGUGGAAAUCUGCGUUCUCAUCAAAGAACCCAUACAGGAGAGAAGUCAUAUAAAUGCAUGGAAUGCGGAAAUUGCUUCAGUCACAGUGUGACUCUGCGUAACCAUCAAAGGACUCACACAAGGGAGAAACCACAUAAAUGCAUGGAAUGUGGAAAGAGGUUCAGUCAGAGUGGACAUCUGCAUUCCCAUCAAAGGACGCAUACAGGGGAGAAGCCACAUACAUGCAUGGACUGUGGAAAGAGGUUCAGUCAGAGUGCGAGUCUGCGUACCCAUCAAAGGGCCCACACAGGGGAGAAGCCACAUAAAUGCAUGGAAUGUGGAAAGAACUUCAGUCAGAGUGCGAGUCUGCGUUAUCAUCAAAGGGCCCACACAGGGGAAAAGCCACAUAAAUGCAUGGAAUGUGGAAUGAGCUUCUGUCACAUAGCGACUCUGCGUUCCCAUCAAAGGACCCACACAGGGGAGAAGCCACAUAAUUGCAAGAAAUGUGGAAAGAGCUUCCGUCAGAGUGGACAUCUGCGUACCCAUCAAAGGAUGCACACAGGCGUGAAGCCACAUAAAUGCAUAGAAUGUGGAAAGAGCUUCCGUGAGAGAGGAUAUCUGCAUGUCCAUGAAAGGAUCCACACAGGGGAGAAGCCAUAUAAAUGCAUGGAAUGUGGAAAGAGCUUCAUUAACAGUGCGGGUCUGCGUACCCAUCAAAGGACCCACACGAGGGAGAAACCACAUAAAUGCAUGGAGUGUGGAAAGAGCUUCCGUCAGAGUUCACAUCUGCAUUCCCAUCAAAGGACACACACAAUGGAGAAACCACAUAACUGCAUAGAAUGUGGAAAGACCUUCACUCAGAUUGGAAAUCUGCGUGUCCAUCAAAGGAUCCACACAGGGGAGAAACCACAUAAAUGCAUGGAAUGUGGAAAGAGCUUCAGUCAGAGUGGAAAUCUGCGUUCUCAUCAAAGGACCCACACAAAGGAGAAGCCACAUAACUGCAUGGAAUGUGGAAAGAGCUUCAGUGAGACUGGAAAGUUCCGUUCCCAUCAGAGGAUGCACACAGGAGAGAAGCCACAUAAAUGCAUGGAAUGUGGAAAGAGAUUCCGUGAGAGAGGACAUCUGCGUGUCCAUCAAAGGACCCACACAGGGGAGAAGCCAUAUAAAUGCAUGGAAUGUGGAAAGGGCUUCAUUAACAGUGCUGGUCUGCGUACCCAUCAAAGGACCCACACAAGGGAGAAACCACAUAAAUGCAUGGUGUGUGGAAAGAGCUUCCGUCAGAGUGGACAUCUGCAUGUCCAUCAAAGGACACACACAAGGGAGAAACCACAUAAAUGCAUGGAAUGUGGAAAGGGCUUCAGUCAGAGUGCAAAGCUCCAUUCCCAUCAAAGAACCCACACAGGAGAAAAGCCACAUAAAUGCAUAGAAUGUGGAAAGAGCUUCAUUCAGAGUGGAAAUUUGCGUUCUCAUCAAAGGACGCACACAGGGGAGAGGCCACAUAACUGCCUGGAAUGUGGAAAGAGCUUCAGUCACAGUGUGACUCUGCGUAACCAUCAAAGGACCCACACAGGGGAGAAACCACAUAAAUGCAUCAAAUGUGGAAAGAGCUUCCGUCAGAGUGGACAUCUGAACGCCCAUCAAAGGACACACACAAGGGAGAAACCACAUAAAUGCAUGGAAUGUGGAAAGAGCUUCAGUCAGAGUGCAAAGCUCCAUUCCCAUCAAAGAACCCACACAGGAGAAAAGCCACAUAAAUGCAUAGAAUGUGGAAAGAGCUUCAUUCAGAGUGGAAAUUUGCGUUCUCAUCAACGGACGCACACAGGGGAGAGGCCACAUAACUGCCUGGAAUGUGGAAAGAGCUUCAGUCACAGUGCGACUCUGCGUAACCAUCAAAGGACCCACACAGGGGAGAAGCCACAUAAAUGCAUCCAAUGUGGAAAGAGCUUCCGUCAGAGUGGACAUUUGCAUUCCCAUCAAAGGACUCACAGGGGAGAAGCCACAUAAAUGCAUGGAAUGUGGAAAGAGCUUCACACAAGGUUCAGCAUGUUUUAGACAUCAAAUAAUUCACACACAGCUAAAGACCUGCCUUUAGUUCAGGUAAAAAAUAAUCUUCAGGCUAGAGUCCCAGGCAGACAAAAAAUGGGAAAAUUAACAAAAAGGAAGGCCACAAGAUUUCUCUUUAUCUGUGAUGCACAGCAGUUUGUGUGUUAUGGCUCGACUGAUUCUGGGGGCAGGUCUCCCACAGAGGAGGACUUUUCUCAGUAGUGCAUCCAGUUUUGAAGGGUUUAAUCUGACCUUUUCCUCCUUAAGAAAAGCAUUGCAGAUUUCUGGGAUGAUCCGUGAAGGCUUUCUGAAAUGAGCAGCAGCUGAGAUCUCAUGAUAAAAGGCUUCUGGAAAAGAAUAUCUCUUUUGUAACAUAUAACGUCAUGCAUUCAUACUCUUGCCCUGGAUCUUGGCUCUGCUGCCCCUCGGAUAGAAUUCUGGACUCUGGCUUUGUUCCCACAAUCCUUUUCUGGACUUUUCCAUGGUGAAUGCAUUCCUGACGUCUGACUGUUUGACUGUGGCUUCGGCAAAUAGUUGUAGUUAAUUAUGUGGUCACACUUUUAAUUGUAAUCCCCUUUGGGCCUCCUUCGGAAAAGAUAAAGCAAGGUAUAAAUAAUCCUCCAGCUCAGUCUUGCCUUCUUACCCAAAUCAGAGAAUCAUAGAAUAGUAGAAUUGGAAGAGACCACAUGGGCCAUCUGGGCCAACCCUCUUCUGCCAGGCAGGAAAAACAGAAUCCCUUGGCAGAAUUCCAGCGGACAGGUGAGGGAAGGCGUGCUCUUUUUAUUUCACCUUUUAUCUCAAUGCAGGAGACUCUCCGUUUGCCUGCAACUGGGACUCUCAAGCAACUAAUGGCAUUUGAACCCAUGGCCCCAUGUUGAACCUUUUAAGAGCUGCAGAGCACUCUUUAAGAACUGCUGAUUUAGACCCUAUUUUCCUUUUGAUUCAGCCGGAAAUCUGAUUGGCUAUUUUUUGCUGUUGGCUCAUCACACUGUUGGCUCAUCACACUGUUGGCUCAUGGUCAACUUGUCGUCCAGUAAGACUCUAAGAUCUUUUUCACAUGUAGAUCUCUUAUCGAGCCAGGCACAGCAUGCAUUAGAGAUGAAGAGAGGGGCUUCUGAGAAGCCAGUCCAGUAAGUUGGCCGUCCAAUAAGAUAAAGGACUGACCUCAAGAUGGCAGUACUGGAUGCCAUUCAACAGUAGCAGUCCGAGUUUGUGGGGCGCAAACCUCAUGCGCCCCAUGCUGUCCCAGACCCCUUUCCACCCAAGCCACCCUCCUGUUCAGUCACUACCUUUAGGAUACACAGCAUCUCUCUCUAAUUGUAGUGAAUGGAAGACAAAGAAUGAUGACAUCGGCUGAUGAAGAGUCUUGAAUCUGUUGAGAUAGACAAUUUAACUAAGUUGACGAAGGGAAAUAUUUGUCGAACUACAACCAAGAUUAGGACCUAUUAAUUUACUGGUUAUAACAGUGAGGGUGGCUUUGUUUAUUGCGGGCUUUAGGAAUUAAUUUAGUGUAAUUAAAAAUGGAAGAGGAAAUAUAGAACAGCAUUUAAAGUGAGUAAAUAGAGAUAAAAACCAGCAUGCAGCAAUGGUUUUAUAGAUUAGUUUUUCUAUUAAUUUUGUUUUUUUUGGGGUAGGUAUGGGUCACUGAGUAUUAAUGUUUGUUAAGUACUUUUUUAAAAAAAAAUGCCCAAAUUGUAAUUUGUAUAAACAUGCUAUUGUUUUCUUUCUUGUUAUUGAAUAUAAUUUUUUAAAAACCAGAGUGUGAUGUAGCAGCUAUAAAUGCCCAAGUGAUUCUAGGCUGUACCAAGAGGAGACACUGGAAGUAGCCCAAGAAAGAAGGAAGGCGAAAGGAAACAGCGAUAGGGGGAGAUACGCCCAAUUAAAUGCACAAUUCCAGAGGUUAGCCAGGAGAGACAAGGAACUAUUUUUGAACAAGGAAUGUAUGGAAGUGGAAGAAGACAAUAGGAUAGGAAGGACAAGAGAUCUCUUGCAGAAAAUCAGAAACAUCGGAGGCAAAUUUCAGGCAAAAAUGGGCAUGAUCUGUUAAAAGUAUUAUAAUGUUUGCAAAAUUAUAUAGUUCAUGUUUAGCCAGUAGGUCUGUACCUUUAACUGGUAGUAUGCUUGUAUUUUGGGCUUUAUCAAUCAGAUACAGGUGGAGCUAUGUUUUUCAUUUAUAUAUUCUCUGCAUUCUGCCUGUAUUCUCUCUCUGAGUUUUUUGUUCCUCUAUUAUGCUUCUGUUACAGCAAUAAAGUAAGAUGACUUUA